GGCUCACGUCAAACCUUGACUUCCGCUUACGUGGUAAAAACUGAAAGGCAGGUUCGCGCAAAGCGGCGGCGGCGGCGGCGGAGCAAGUAGUCAUGGUGUUCGGCCGGAGCAAGUCGUCUUCGUCGGCGACGCCGUCGGCCCCCUCAAAGGCUGCGGCGGCGUGCUCGGAGCUGCGCGCGGCGUACCACGAGUGCUUCAACCGGUGGUACGCCGACAAGUUCGCCAAGGGGCUGUUUCAGAAGGACGACUGCGCCGACCACUGGCACAAGUACCGCGCCUGCCUCGAGGAACAUCUGGAAGACAAGCAUCUGAGGCAAAUCCUACUGGACGCAGAAACUUCUGCGUUUUAUGCCAGGCCUGAGGCUGAUCCUCCCUCAGGACAAGGAGCUACAAAGUGACAUUCUCUCACUAACCACAUGCCAUGUUUGACUUCACCCAACCAGAAUAUAGGGAACCUUGGUAGAUGAACUAGAAACUCCUUGUAUCUGGACACUUGUGAGGUCCCUGGAUAAUGUAACGUUUUAGAAGUUGAGCUGACACUUGAUUACAAAAUUUUCCAGGGUCAGAGUCGUGUACCAGCUGGAAACACUGUACGAAUUGAGGAUAGGUUGAACACGUGUUUCACCAAUGACUUUGCUUUUACCAGAGUUUGUUGAGUAACAGGGUUUCAGAGA